UUCCAAAACCAUCAGUGCCAUGCACAAAGUCUGCCACCCAUGUCUUUGGUGUACCAUUCAGUGUUACAUGAGCGCCCUCGGCCACAGGCACCUGUGUCAUUUCAGCCAACUCCAGCAGCUUGAAAGCAUUACGGGUAGCUGUCUGGGUAUACACAUUACCAAACACCGUUGUGAGCCCGAUCACUUCAACCUCUGGCGAGUUGAAGGCUGCCAAGAUUGCCAUUGCAUCGUCAACGCCAGGAUCUGUGUCGAUCAGAAGCUUCUUUCUCUGCUGCGUCAUCUGAAAGAGGAAUGAUCUUUCCCUUGUGAGAUAGGUGUAUGCUCAACGCAUUCAAAGAGACGUCACAUUGUACAGAAAGACCCGCUGUACUCCCAUAAGAGUAGAUGGGGAUCUCAAAAUCUCACUGUCCUGCUUUCUCGCACAAACUGGAUCAAUGUCACAGAUAGUACAACAGCACAACUGAUCUCUUUUCAAUGCGUUUGCUCGAUCCUCAAUACAAGCCUGGUCCCAGGAAUCGCAAUCACUUUCAGCCACGUGGCAUCACAUGAUACCACGUGCUGAGAUUGCCAGAGCAACCUUCCUUUUCGUUGCCCUGGGCUUCGCCAAUCCACGAACGUACUCCUUAGACAUAUCGGAACAAGGAGGUCCUGUGGCAGCACUCUUGCACUUACACAGAUCAUUAGCAAAAAGGAAUUUCUCAAUAACAUCACAAUCCUGCUCCUCUUGAAUAACCAGGAAGGGACUCCGAGAUGGGUCGCGGAUCAAGGCAUUCCAAGAAUGCCGGCACUAUGGGGUCGGAGGCAAUGACAUAUGGGGAGAUGAAGGGUUUGGGAUAUGGAACAGUCUCGGAACGACUGGGAAAGGAUGCAGUUGGCAAUUACUACGAUUGUCGCCUCACCCUUCAACCUGCGGUGGACCCGGUCUGCACGCCAGACGGAUACCUCUACAGCAGAGAGGCCAUUUUGGAGAGCCUGCUACAGCAGAAGAAGUCCAACAAGAGGAAAUAUGCAGUGUGGGAGGCCCAGCAGCAGGAAGUAUUGCGAAAGGAGAGUGAAAGGGAAGCAGUGGAGGCACAGACGCAUCUAUUGGCGUUCGAUCGUCAAAAUCACAUGGGAGCUUCUGAUACGGUGGCAAGGACCCUUAAAAAGGCCAUCCAGGAGGAAGCAGAGGCCAUGCUCAGCGACAAGAAGGUUGUCAACAGUGCUGUCAACAUCGCUGGCAAUACAGAGAAGAUCAAGGAAAUGAAGGCAUUCUGGCUGCCCUCAAAAGCACCAGAGGCCAAUAAUAUUGUGGCCAAGCCAGACAUGAACACAUGCUGCCCAGCCAGUGGAAAGAAGCUGCGUCUGAAGGACUUGAUACCUGUCAGAUUUACGUGCGUCCCCGAAGCAGAGGAUGGAUACGCCAUGGACCCUGUUACAAAGGACACAUUCUCAAACGCUAAUCGAGUGGUGGUACUGAAACCAACAGGUGAUGUGAUGUUGAAGGAGACGUACAAGAGCUGCGUGCAGCCGGAAGGCAUGUACAAUGGGACCGCCAUAAAGGAGAGCGAUGUGAUCGAGCUCAAGAGGGGCGGCACCGGCUUUGCAGCCCAUGAUGGCCAAUCUGUGCAGGCCAAGAAGUUCUUUCCGCUGGGUCCAGGGUCAGGCAAAUACGAUUUGCGCGGGCAGCACCAGGCCGCCAGAUCGCUUGGGGGUCUGUCCUUCCAGAAUUAAGUUCUGUGGUGUAUGGCUUGGCAGGCAUGCAUGCACUAAAGAUGUGGCGCUUCCUUGAGCACACUAUGACAAAGAGGUGACGACCAAUGACCUGCUUGGGAGGGGUAUCCCAAUUCUGCCCCAGUUCAUCGGUUGUGCGAGUAUGAAAGAUGACUGCGUACAAUUCAUUUUUGGGAACCUGCAUCAAUAUGCUUGUGUGCAAGUUGUGAUACCUGCAUUCAAUGGUCGUUUAUCUAGGAGUGCAACAACUUGUUGCCUUGAAGGUGUCUGAAUGGGAGUGUCCUGCAAGGCGCUCUUGUUCUACAAAGGUUCUCCACU